CUCAAUCAGAUCCGAAAACGUUCACUAGUUUUUCGACUAUAAAACCGAUUUCCAAGCCAAUUUGAAGCAUCAGUUAGCUUGCAACGCUUCUGCCAACUCUUUUGUAGCUGCCAACGUACAGUUCCAAUUCUCAUCGUUCUAAAAUGAAGUUCACAAUUGCCGUCCUUGCCCUGGUCCUGGUCAUCGUGGCCACCGAGGCUUCUCCCGUGGCUCCCUACACUGCUGGUCUGGUGGCAUACGACAACGCAUGGCCCCAUGGUGGUGCUGCCUGGUCACCUUAUGGAUAUGGAGCAUAUGGUAACGCUCACUACGGCUAUCGUGGAUGGCCCCUGUACGGAAAGGGCUACGGCUACUCCAGUGCCUGGGCUCCAACCGUUGUUUCUACCAAGGUCGUUGAUGGAGGUCUGUGGAACUAUGGCCCGUACGGACAUGGAUACGGUCUGGGUUAUUCCAAGUACUGGUAGAUAGAGAUGAAUGAUACGUAUGGAUUUUGAUAUCGGGCUAUGCGAAAAGGAUUUGUAAUCGAAAUGUGGUGUUAUAUAUAUGCAUAACUUCAAAAGUUUUUUUUU